AUGGAGCAAACCACCCGUGACGAGAUCAGUCUGGGGAGUCAAACCCCCACCAACAGCCAGGUAUGGGAUGCCGAGGGCAAACGGUCCGUUGAAGACGACAACGUUGAGCGCGACCACAGAGUCGCCCAGCUCGCCCGUACCAUCAGCGCUCGAUCAAGACAAUCACAUCACCAACUGCCCUUCGAAGCCGGAAAGGAUGGUCUUCUGGACCCCCAGAGCCCUCGGUUCAAUGCUCGCGCAUGGGCCAAAGCCUUUUACAAUAUUCGAUACAGUUCCGACGAUGGCGUUCCUCCACGAGUUUCGGGUUUCGCAUUCAAAGACGUCAAUGUUGUCGGCUAUGGAAGCCCAGUGGACUACCAGAUGAGUGUGGGAAACGCGCUGCUCAAACUCCCGACUCUCGCCAUGCAAAUGCUUCGUGGGCAGAAACAAAAGAUUGAGAUUCUUAGGGAUGUGGAUGGGUUGCUCCUUCCCGGAGAGCAGCUGUGCGUCCUGGGACCCCCGGGCUCCGGCUGCACGACUCUCCUCAAAACAAUCGCUCAGGAAACGUACGGCUUCGAGGUUGACCCAGCCUCGUACAUCAACUACCAAGGAGUCACCCCGAAACAAAUGUCGACGAGCUUCCGCGGCGAGGCCAUCUAUACUGCCGAAGUCGACGCACACUAUCCCCAGCUCGCCGUGGGGGACACCCUCUACUUUGCCGCUCUCACCAGGACCCCUCGCGAGAUCCCUGGUGGCAUGAGCCGCGAGGAGUAUGCCACUCACCUUCGCGAUGUAAUCAUGUCCACCUUCGGUAUCAGCCAUACUAUUAACACCCGUGUCGGAAAUGACUUUGUCCGUGGUGUCAGCGGUGGUGAAAGAAAACGAGUCACAAUUGCAGAGGCGGCCUUGAGCUAUGCUCCGCUACAGUGCUGGGAUAACAGUACCAGAGGCUUGGACAGUGCAAAUGCCGUGGAGUUCUGUCGCACAUUACGUACCCAGGGAGAUGUUUUUGGGGUGACCUCAUGUGUAGCCAUCUAUCAGGCGCCUCAAGCGGCCUAUGAGUUGUUUGACAAAGUCACCGUGCUUUAUGAAGGAAAGCAGAUCUAUUUCGGCCCUGCCAGUGAGGCCAGAGACUAUUUCAUCCGAAUGGGUUUCAUUUGCCCGGAGGCUCAAACAGCUCCCGACUUCCUGACUUCAAUGUCCAGCCCCGCUGAACGUGUGGUCGCACCCGGCUACGAGAACCUCGUACCUAGGACAUCCGAAGAAUUUGCGCAGCGCUGGAAGGAAAGCCCCGAACGCCAGGCUCUUCUCAGCCAGAUCAAUCAAUACGUCGAGGAGCAUCCAUUCGAUGCCGCUGACUUGGCCACUUUCGCUUCCUCUCGACAAGCCGAGAAGUCGACAAAGCAGCGCUCAAACUCUCCAUACACCUUGUCCUACUGGGGUCAGAUCCGUGCCUGCCUCUGGAGGGACUGGAGACGACUCAAGAACGAUCCCAGCAUCACUCUUGCCAUGCUGAUUAUGAAUUUCUUCGAGGCCUUGGUUAUUUCGAGUGUUUUCUACAAUCUUUCCAACGAUACAGGCUCGUUCUUCUACAGAGGAGCGCUUUUGUUCAUGAUGGUCCUGCUCAACGCCUUCUCCAGUAUGCUUGAAAUCCUUACGCUGUACGAGAAGCGAACAAUCGUCGAGAAGCACAAUCGAUAUGCCUUGUAUCACCCGAGUGCAGAAGCAAUUUCGUCAAUGAUCAUGGAUAUGCCUUACAAGAUCAUGAACUCUCUGCUCACCAACCUUACCCUCUACUUCAUGGGAAAUCUUCGACGCGAACCAGGUGCAUUCUUCUUCAUGUUCCUGAUCUCGUUUUCGAUGAUGAUGGGAAUGUCCAUGUUCUUUCGCUUCUUUGCCUCAAUCACCAAAUCCAUCGAACAAGCCCUCGCCCCAUCAGCAAUUAUUCUCCUCGGACUUGUGCUCUACACAGGGUUUGCAAUCCCGGUCAGUUAUAUGCGUGGAUGGGCCGCUUGGAUCCGGUGGUUGAAUCCUGUGUCUUAUGGGUUCGAGGCAGUCAUGGUGAACGAGUUCCAUGGACGUGAAUUUCCCUGUGUGUCUUUUGUACCGUCCGGGCCAGGCUACGAAAAUGUUUCACUUUCUGAAAAGGUGUGCUCGACGGUUGGAUCUGUCCCAGGUUCCACUGUGGUCCAAGGCACUGAAUUUGUGCGCUCCGCAUAUGGCUACUUGAGCAGAAAUCGCUGGCGGAACUUUGGCAUCAUCCUCGCGCUCGCAAUUUUCCUUUGCAUCUGCCAUUUGGUCACUUCUGAAAUUGUUUCUGCGCAGCGCUCAAAGGGUGAAGUGCUUGUCUUCCGUCGCGGAAAAGCGCAGCAGGCUCGCGCGAAGCGACAGAAUGGUGACGAGGAGCAAAUCUCCAACCCCGUCGCCCGCAGCGUGAAUGUUGGCAAUGAAGGUUCUACUGACAUCGCUGGCGUCGAGAAGCAAAGCUCCAUCUUCCACUGGGAAGAUGUGACCUACGAUAUCAAGAUUAAAAAGGAGGACCGACGUAUUCUUGAUCAUGUUGAUGGCUGGAUCCGACCAGGCACUUUGACGGCUCUUAUGGGAGUCUCUGGCGCAGGAAAGACUACUUUGCUCGACGUCCUUGCCAGUCGUACGACCAUGGGAGUCAUUACUGGAAGCAUGCUUGUGGAUGGCCGACCUCGUGAUGAUUCCUUCCAGCGCAAGACUGGCUAUGUUCAACAGCAGGACCUUCAUCUGCAUACCUCGACCGUUCGGGAGGCCUUGGAGUUCAGCGCUCUGCUCAGACAACCACCCCAGUAUACUCGGGCUGAGAAGCUCGCGUACGUGGACACUGUCAUUGAUCUUCUGAACAUGCGCGAGUACGCCGACGCCAUUGUGGGAGUGCCUGGCGAGGGUCUCAACGUGGAACAACGCAAGCGACUUACCAUUGGAGUUGAAUUAGCUGCUCGUCCCAAGCUCUUGCUCUUCCUCGAUGAACCUACUUCUGGAUUGGACAGUCAAACCUCGUGGUCCAUCUGCAACCUCAUGGAGACUCUAACCAAGAAUGGACAAGCCAUUCUGUGCACCAUUCACCAGCCAUCUGCCAUGUUGUUCCAGCGUUUUGACCGACUUCUCUUGCUUGCGAAGGGAGGAAGGACCGUCUACUUUGGUGAAGUCGGUACUGGAGCGAAAACCCUCAUGGAUUACUUCGUUCGCAACGGCGGGGCCCCGUGCCCGGAAGGUGCCAACCCUGCAGAACACAUGCUGGAGGUUAUUGGUGCAGCGCCCGGAGCACAGACCCAGAUUGACUGGCCAACCGUGUGGAGACAGAGUCCCGAAUACGCACGAGUCCGAAGUCAUCUCAGUGAACUAAGAGCACUUGCCAACCAGCCCUCCGCAGUAUCUGACCCAAACGACAAGUCCAGUUACGCCGAGUUUGCGGCACCCAUGUCUGAACAGCUCCUGCAGGUUGGACGUCGCGUUUUCCAGCAGUACUGGCGCUCACCAUCUUAUGUGUAUUCCAAGGCUAUACUGACAAUCGGCUGCGCAAUUUUCAUCGGAUUCUCCUUUUUCAAGAUGGGCAAUACUCAACAGGGACUGCAGAACCAAAUGUUUGGUGUCUUUGUCUUCCUCUUCGUCAUUAUGCAGCUCAUCAUCCAAAUUAUCCCGUCUUUUGUUACUCAGCGAACACUGUACGAGUCUCGGGAGCGGCAGUCCAAGACCUAUGCGUGGCAAGCUUUUGUCGUCAGCAAUAUCGCUGUUGAGUUUUUCUGGAACACGAUUAUGGCAGUCUUCUGUUACCUUGUCUGGUUCUAUCCUGUUGGCCUGUAUCGCAACGCUGAGUACACAGAUACGGUGCACUCGCGCAGUACCUUGACGCUGCUUGUCAUCUGGGCAUCCUUCCUUUUUGCCAGCUCAUUUGCGCACAUGCUGAUCGCCGGAAUCGAGACCGCGGAUGGAGCAUCUGCUCUGUGCAAUGUCAUGUUCAUCAUGAUGUACGCCUUCUGCGGUAUUCUGGCCGGGCCCGAUGCUCUCCCUGGAUUCUGGAUCUUCAUGUACCGGGUCAACCCUUUGACGUACCUGGUCUCGUCUUUACUUUCUGCGGGACUCGGUGAUGCGCGCAUGUAUUGUGCGGACAAUGAGCUUCUUACCUUCUCGGCCCCAGAUGGUAUGGCUUGCGGCGACUACAUGCAAGACUACCAGGCAGCGAACGGCGGCUAUCUGCUCAACCCCAACGCUCAGGGCGGCGAGCAGUGCAACUACUGCGCCUUGGAGUACACCAACGACUACUUGAGUGGCUUCAGCAUCAACUUCGACAACCGCUGGCGAGACUUUGGGCUCUUGUGGGUGUACAUUGUUGUCAAUACUGUUGGAGCGAUUGUCUUCUACAAGCUGUUCCGCGUCCCCAGGACGAAGAAGGCUCAGAAAGCUUGA